GCCAGCUCGUACACCCUAGAUAGCCCUCUCUCUGUCAGACAGCGUGCCGGGAAUGGAAUGUGCGCGCGCAGCUGGUAGUGUUGUUUGCAUUGUGCGCUGUGCCUUAGCCCCAGAGAGGGAUAACCAUCGAAUGUUUCUGCUGUGCUUUCGCUGAGAUCCGACACUUAAGAUCGUGCGGGCGGAAAAGAGAAGCUUGCCAUUGGGGAGAUCAUGGCGGCGGCUGCGGUGGAGGUGAGUGUGAGCAGCGGCAGCAGUGACACAUCCAGCACCGGCGAGGAGGAGAGGAUGAGGCGGCUCUUCCAGACUUGUGACGGGGACGGUGACGGAUACAUCAGCAGGAACGACCUGCUUAUGGUCUGUCGCCAGCUGAACAUGGAGGGGUCUGUGGCUGAGAUCAUGCAUCAGCUGGGAGCCGAUGAACAGGGCAAGAUUUCCUUUGAGGAUUUCACAAGGUGUCGCCUGCAGCUUGUCAGUGAAAUCAGGAAGGAGGAAGGGGAGCUUUCAGUCAAAUCUGAUGACUCCUGUAAAAAGAAAAAGUUACAGGAUCGCAUUGCCUCCUGGCCAAACAGCAGUGAAAACAGUUUAGGCACCUUAUCAGGAGCUCGUGAAAGUUGGGAGUAUGACUCUGGAGCUCGUGACCUUCAGAGCCCUGACCUGCAGAGUCAGACGAACCUUCAGAAGCUGCUUGAAUGCGGAGGCAGCAUGCUGGAGCAGCAGGCAGCCCUGCAGAAGCUGAUGACUCGGACCAGCAACCUAGGCGCUCCCAUGGGCGGGAACUACCUGGAGCUAGCAAACACAUUACAUCUGGCAGCCCUGGCAUCACUAAAAGGUGACAUAGUGGAGCUCAAUAAGAGACUGCAACAAACCGAGAGGGAGCGAGACCUGCUGGAAAAGAGGUUGGGAAAAGCUCAGUGUGAGCAGUCACACCUGAUGAGAGAGCAUGAGGAGGUGCAGGAGGGGACCACACUGCGCUAUGAGGAGAGGAUCACAGAGCUCCACAGCAUCAUAGCCGAGCUCAACAAGAAGAUAGACCGCUUGCAGGGGACAACAAUAAGGGAGGAGGAUGAGUAUUCAGAGCUGCGGUCGGAGCUCAGCCAGAGCCAACAGGAGGCCAAUGAGGAUGGUCACAGUGUGGAUCAGGACCAGAACUCAGUCUCUGUGCCAGAGAACCACUCCACCAUGGUCACAGCGGACAUGGAUAACUGCAGUGACCUGAACUCGGAGCUGCAGAGGGUGCUGACGGGGCUGGAGAAUGUGGUGUGUGGACGAAAGAAAAGCAGCUGCAAUCUUUCGGUGGCCGAGGUGGACCGGCACAUUGAGCAGCUCACUACUGCCAGUGAGCAUUGCGACCUUGCCAUUAAGACAGUGGAGGAGAUCGAGGGGGCACUGGGUCGAGACUUCUACCCCAGCCUGGCAGAGGAGAGAUCGCGCUGGGAGAAGGAGCUGGCUGGCCUUCGGGAAGAGAAUGAGAGCCUGACCGCCAUGCUGUGCAGCAAAGAGGAGGAGCUCAACAGGACCAAGGCCACCAUGAACGCAAUCCGAGAGGAGAGGGACCGGCUCAGAAGGAGGGUACGAGAACUGCAGACUCGGCUGCAGAGUGUCCAGGCUUCAGGCCCUUCCAGUCCAGGAAGACUGACGCCAGUCAGCCGCCCCAUCAACCCCAGCACUGGAGAGCUGAGCACGAGCAGCAGCAGCAACGACAUCCCCAUUGCCAAGGUGGCUGAAAGAGUAAAGCUCUCCAAAACAAGGUCAGACUCCUCCUCUUCAGACAGGCCUGUUCUGGGAUCAGAAAUCAGCAGCAUAGGGGUGUCCAGCAGUGUAGCGGAGCACUUGGCACAUUCAUUACAAGACUGUUCCAACAUCCAGGAAAUCUUCCAAACUCUUUAUUCGCAUGGCUCUGCCAUCUCGGAAAAUAAAAUUCGGGAAUUUGAAGUGGAAACAGAAAGGCUUAACAGCCGAAUUGAGCACUUAAAAUCCCAAAAUGACCUUUUAACAAUCACCCUGGAGGAGUGCAAGAGCAAUGCAGAGAGGAUGAGCAUGCUGGUUGGGAAAUACGAGUCCAAUGCUACAGCCCUGAGACUUGCUUUGCAGUACAGUGAACAGUGUAUCGAAGCAUACGAGUUACUACUUGCCCUGGCUGAGAGUGAACAGAGUCUCGUUCUUGGCCAGUUCAGAGCUGCAGGCGUUGGAUCAGUAGCAGGUGAGCAGACAGGUGAUGAAAACAUUACCCAGAUGCUAAAGCGGGCGCACGACUGCAGGAAGACAGCUGAGAACGCUGCCAAAGCCCUCCUGAUAAAACUGGACGGCAGCUGCGGAGGAGCAUGUGCAGUGACAGGAUGCAGCGCGCAACCCUGGGAGAGUCUGUCUUCAAACAGCCACACGAGCACCACAAGCUCCACAGCUAGUAGCUGUGACACAGAUUUCACAAAAGACGACGAGCAGAGGCUAAAGGACUACAUCCAGCAGCUGAAGAAUGACCGGGCAGCAGUCAAGCUGACCAUGCUGGAGCUGGAGAGCAUUCAAAUCGACCCCCUGAGCUAUGAUGUCAAGCCUCGGGGCGACAGCCAGAGACUUGACUUGGAAAACGCAGUCCUCAUGCAAGAGCUCAUGGCAAUGAAGGAGGAGAUGGCCGAGCUGAAGGCCCAACUCUACCUGCUGGAGAAGGAGAAGAAGGCUCUAGAGCUGAAGCUGAGCACGAGAGAGGCACAGGAGCAAGCCUACCUGGUGCACAUCGAGCACCUCAAGUCUGAGGUGGAGGAGCACAAGGAGCAGCGAAUGAGGUCCGUCAGCUCCACCAGCAGCAGUGGAGGUGGAAAAGACAAGCAGGGCAAGGAUUCUGGAGAUGGGGGGACACCUGCUGUAGCACUUUCCGAUCUAAGAACCCUUAAUGACAGUGAUCUGGCAGCAGAGCUUGCAAAUGCACUCAGACGAGAGAAGAAACUUAAGAGUCGAGCCCAGGAGUUGGUGGCCGCUUUGGAAAGACUCACAAAAAGCAGCGAGGUGCGGCACCAGCAGUCUGCAGAGUUUGUCAACGACCUGAAAAGGGCCAACAGCAACCUGGUUGCAGCCUAUGAGAAAGCAAAGAAGAAACACCAAAACAAACUGAAAAAACUGGAGUCUCAGAUGAUGGCCAUGGUGGAGAGACACGAGACGCAAGUGAGGAUGUUGAAACAGAGGAUAGCACUGCUGGAAGAGGAGAACUCCAGGCCUCACACCAAUGAAACCUCUCUUUAAGAAGAGAUCAUUGGCUCCCAUAAAGAUGCCCCAGUGAGAGAAACUCACGCACUGCUUUUAAAGACCUGUAACACGGACACCUUGAGAUCGUCUCAGCUGGCAGUCAUUUCUGAGCAAAUGCAUACUUUACCAUGCAGUCCUUUAAGGCACAUACAUAUAGCAUUGUAGUAUAUCAGCUGAUGCUGCAACAAUCCACUGUCAUCGAACUUCAAUCCUUGGAGAGCUUCACACUUGAAACAGCACACACCCUUCUUCAACACUCGUGGAUAAAGACAAAAGCAAUCGCCUCUUACAAGGUAGUUCGAUUCUGUUCCACUUCGACCAGCAGCUAAUUAAAUUAUCACGACAAAAAAAACAUUAUGCUUGCAAAGCAUUACCACAAAAAGUGCCAUUGAAUGUAUUGCAGUACCUGUCAGACUUUUAUACUGUGCAUCAAACAUUUUACUAGCUGCCAUUGACCAUUUGGUUUCUGUUAGUCAAACUGUCUUAAGUUUUUGUUUCAAGAUCAUUUACAGUAUUCUUUUUUGCGACCACUGUUUAAGGUUGAUAGUAGACACCCCUAUAGGGUUGUUUUAGGGCAUGUUUACCCAGAUACAUAACUCAAAAUCUAAGAGAUCCUUAGUCAUUUAACUGCCUUUGUAAACCCAGUCUGCUCCAUUACAGUGUUAGGACCUACAGUCAGUGUUUACAUGCUUGCAGUCAAAAUAUACAGCUUUUCUGAAUAACUGGAUUUCAUGUGCAUUGGCAUUUGUAUAGUUUUUUCUUUUUUUUUUUAUGUCUCAAAAUGUUAUUCAGAUACCCAUAUGAAAUUCCCUACUUCCCGUUGACUUUGACCAUAUAGUACAGUAUAACACUUACACUGGUUACAACAGACCCAGCUGAAAUGAAAGUUGUCCAUUACUGAAGUAAAUCUUCUAAUAUCCUAAAUAAGCAGCAAAAUAGUCUACCUUGCACAACCAUAUCUUUUUGCACACAUGGACAACAUAAAAAUACAUGUGGACAAAGCAUUAUUAUUCAGAAUACUGAUGUUCAGAAUAUAUUCCACAUAGAAUAAAUGAUAUUGUUCCUGUUCUGCAUUAGUCAUCAAAUUACAGCAAAAUGUGUUGCAGUUUUGUUUUUAAGUACUUGUCUAUUCCAAGGUACCAGUAUUGGUACUUGAUCCACUAUGGAAAUCCCCAGGUUUGACUGUGAUUUCAUUUUCAGAAAAGAACAAAUACCAGACUUCUGCACUUUAACUGGUCUGAAAACUGAUAAGAUUCGUUAUUUAAUUUAAUAUUUAAGAAUGUCGAAACUCUUAAUUUGCACGGAUAUUCUACUGCUGUGGAAACAGGUCUCUGUCAACACUUCCAGUGAUUUAAAUAAUGGAUUUAAUUUGGGUUUAAUAUAAUAUGAAAGUUGUAAGCACAUUAGGGGGCUGUGAUACAAUACACUGAGCAGACUGUUACAGAUUACCAUUUCACUUCAGUCACCACUGACAGAUGGAGCCAUUCCAUUCUCUAAUGAUUAAGGAUGCCUUUUUACUUCAGUAAUUACAUGAUUGUGUAAAAAUGUACAUGCACCAGUUUGAAUGUACAGCUAUAUUGUAAGCACAUGUUCAUAGUUUGGCUUUUUAGAGGUGUAAUACUGCAGCGCCAAGGAACAUCAUUUCAUAAACUGUUAAAAUUAAUGGAUCCAAGAUACCAUUCCAGAACAAGUAGACAGCGGUAUUGUUUUAAGGGUAUUUCUGGUUAUCUCCUAUUGUCUUCCUAUUGUUUGUGUUUCUGUAGUAGCUGUAAAAUGGUUAAUCGAUUUUAUACAGAAUUGUAAAAACAAAAAAACAAAAAAAACCUCUGCAUUUAUUUAUGAGACAUUUAAAAUGCCUUUAUUUUACAAAAAGGUCUUAUAUCCAGAAUAAAUACUUUUAUUGGCACACAUGUCUGUCAUCUUUUAUGUAUAUUUGUAUAUAAAUAAACUAAACAAAAACCACAAGCCUUAAACGACUUUAAAGUCUGCAAGAGGCCUGGUCUUUUUCUGUGCAUCGUGAAGUGGUGUCAUUCCAAAUCCUCAAUUAUUGCGUGCUGGUAUGCCAGAUUUUGAUUACAAAACUCAUGCAUAGUGGUAACAGGAUUCAAUUUUUAAAUCACGUUUCAGCUCAGUCCCAACAGUUUGCAAGAUAUGUGCCCCCGAUAUUGGGGGAAUUACAGCUACCAUUAAAAGGACACCGUUAUUAUUAGGCUUCAUCAUCUCACUUCAGAAAAUCUGCAUUUUGACACCAAGACUGUUACCAGUGCUCCAUUUUUGUGCCCUCUGUGUACACAAGAGUUUCUAA